AGAAACUACUCCUAUUUGCAAUGACUUCGUACUGUAACAGUGCUUCACAUCUGUCUAACUAUUCUAUCUCCUGUAUUUUUCAGUGCUGUAAUCCAACAGGUGUUGGCAAUGGAGUUAAAAUAUGCCAAUAAGUCACCAAAAUGAUCCCCUCUAACAACAAAUGUUCCUCAACCCCCAAAACCCAAGGAAGAUGGUCAGCCAACUAUUACCCAAGGGCCUGCCAGAGUUCAAUCAAGCCAAAACCAUCAAAAGGACGUAAAAUUCAACCAUCUGCUACCCAAGGGCCUUCACAUGUUGCACCAAGUCAAGGACCAUCAAGAGGACGAAAGAGGCCCAUUCUUUUUGAUGUAGAUGAGCUAAUGAGUGAGGAUAGUAAUGACAACUACAGGGAUACACUAAUGGAGCAAGAAUCAUCUAGAAGUGAUGAAGUGACCAAAUCAAACAAAAAGAAAAAAACAACGACAAAAGGAAAGCCUAAAAAGAAGAUAAGUCGAACAGAGAUAACAAGAAACAAUCAAUUGAAAUACGUUUCAUGGACAAAAAAAUGCCAAAGAUAUUAAACCAAUUAGGUAUUGAGUUAUCUUCAUCUGAGUCUGAGAGUAACUAGUGGAGUUUACAAACGGAUAAAAUUCUGAAAUAAAGGAUCUUGUACACCUGCCAUUAUGAUCUCCCCAUGAACAAAAAUAAAUUCAUCUGGUUUUUCAAAAUAAAUAUACUGCUUUUAUUAUUACAUUUAUAUGUACACUAGUAUCUUGUUGACCUAUAUUCAGCACUGUAUUGAUGAAUGGGCCACUUUUUAGGGCAAUAUUCAAUCAUAAAGUGUACAGGGGUAGAGAUGCCAAACCAGGAAGUAUUUUUGUGUCUGUCAAAAUCCAUUUGCAUCCUAC